AUGUAAAAAGUUGUCACUCCUGAAAUUGUGAGAACAUUUACAAUGCCUUGUGAUAAAUUUUUAUGCAAACCUUCAGAUGAAAUUAAAUUUAUUAAAUUUAUACUUAGAGAUGCUGAUGAUAAUUUUAUUUUAUUUGAUUUUGAUAAUGAUGAAGAAAAUCAAUAAUAAGAAGUUUUAAGUUAUUAAUUUACACCUUAAUAUUUUGAUAUCAAGACAUUAGGAGCAACCAAAAUAUUCAAGACUUUUGAUAAGCCAUUAAAGAAUUUAUUACUUAUUGAUAGGUAUUUAACAAAUACCAAUCUAUAGAUUUUAUUUUAAAAACAACCUCAUUAAAGAAUAUGAAUUUCGAUUUCCUUUUUGCAUUCCACAUUCAACUAAUACUUGGGAAUCCAUGUAUGAUUAACCUGCAUUAGGUACUAAUCUAAAGGAUUAAAUGCUCUUAAAUUCAUGGGAAACUAAAAGUGAUACAUUUCUAUUUAUAGAUGGAAAAUUAGCUAAUCAUGAAAGAAUAGAGUAUGAUUUUAGUGGAGAUUAGGAAGAUUUUGAUUGA